AUGCACUGGGCAUUAUUCCUUGUAAUUGUAAUUUGUUGUUUUUGUUUGGUUGCACUGGUCACCAGUUCCUCCGGGCAGUAUGAAUGUUGCACUAGCUUUUGUCUGAGACGUGGAUUCCUUACAUUAACACCUAAUUUAGUCGAAUGUUGACAUCACUGUCGAUCAUUAAAUCAUGCUUUCAUAAACGAAAAAUUAAUGGCUAUCUCCUGCGAACUCUAUAGGCAAUAUUUUAUUUGAUAUGGACCAACCACCUAUACGAAUAUUGAGACGACCAUGUCAAGUUCCAUCUAACGUUCCUAAUACGCCACAAAGGCCACCCGUUGUAACAAAAACACUUGAACAAAGGGAAGCAGACUAUGCCGCUGCUAGGAAGAGGAUUAUGGGGUCUGCUACUCCGGAGCCAGCUAAGGUAGAAACAAAAGAAGUUAUAGAGUCUAAUUCACUGAGACUUACGGAUGAUACUAACAGUGCUAUUACAAAACAAGAUCCAUAUAUUGCUUCCACUGCGUCGACGACUCAGAAUGUGGAGGUUAGUGUUCAAAGUAACUCUUCAGAAACGACAGUCAACCAUUCGUCCACUAACCAUAACGGAGUUCAGCUUUCCAUGCCCCAGAGCAACCUACAACCUCUGGAUGUUGGUGUAAGUCGAAAGCCUCAACAACACUCACACUCUACAUCAAAUGGCGUUCGGCAGAAUUUGCAACAGCGCAGUGCAACAGUGACUGCCAAUAGAUUGUCUUAUGUUCCUCAACCUCUCCCUUUUUUUUCUUUGCAAACUGGAUACAAUAAUGCUGGUCUUCUUCCUACUCCACCCGGCUUUCAGUGUUCAUUACCAAAUGAGACAAAUGCUAGUCUGCAGCAAACAACUGCCCUCGCUUUAAUGCACCAAUUUAGUUUAAUACAACAACAAUAUCGAAAUACUUUGUCUGGCAUUCAAAAGCAACUAGUUUCUUCUGGACCGCACUCAUCCAACAGCUUUAAUCCCCUGAAUUUUUCAUCGUUUUCCCAAUCUAAUAUCAACCAGAAGUAAGUUUCAUCGAUGUUUAAUCUUGUACUCUGAGACUUAUUUUUCACAUCUUUAAACUCUGUGAUUGGUCUUAAGUUGUACUAAUUAUUAAUCAUUGCUGAUAAACAAGUUUUCACAACAGAAAUUUAUCUUGUUGUCAAACUAUUCAAGUUGCGACUCUGUAGUAAUUGAGAAUUAAGUAUGUCUUUAUCACUUGGAUUAAAACUUAUCCCUUAUAACCUAAUCUGCUUUACAUAUUUACGUGCUAAUAAGUUGUGAUUUCACUAUACUUGUUUAUCAACAUUUUGUUUUCAGAUAUACCCAUCCUUCAUCUUUCAAUUAAUUUAAAUUUGCAAUAAUCAAGUGUGGUUUCGUAACUAUACAACUUCGUGUAGUAAUUUUGACUACUCCUUGCUUUUUAUUAUUUUGUGGCCAUCUUGUUCAACAAAUAUAUUCAUGUUUCUGUAUAAAUAAAUUGCUUAU